AUGCUCACCAAGCGUUUUCGUCCAACCAAACCCCUGCCCAAAAAGCAAAGUCAGGAUGACGAUGAGUAUGAAUCGACAUCGUGCAGUAGCCUAGACUCCGACAUCGGGCCUUCGCGGGUGCCUAGUAAGCGCCAUAGAGACGGUGCGACUAUCAGGUCCUCCUCCCGGUUGGCUACACCCCUCCGGGGCGCGACCAACCGCCCACGCCAUAGCAGAACUCAAUGUUCUACCGUUUCGCCGGGCGGCGACUUGUCACCCCCACGAAUUCUCAGAUCAGGAAAAAAGGUUCCACAGUGCCAGAAUGGAAAUAAAUCGCCCGAAAAUCGACCGGCUUCAAUCUCAAGAAGAGUCAGCACUGCGACAUCGGCCGCCGAACUGAAGAAGCUUGAAAAAGAAAGGGCUAAGAAAGCAGGAUCGACCACAAAUCAAACGGCUUUAACCUCAAGAAGAGUCAGCAAUGCGACAUCGGCCGCCGAACUGAAGAAGAUUGAAAAAGAAAGGGCGAGGGAUGCAGAGAAGGGCCGCGAGUCCAUAGUCGCACAGCUCAGCGAUCGAAUCUUGUCUGGGCUCGUGUCUAUGGGUAACGUUUCGAGGGACGUUGCACAGGUCUGUUCGAGCAAGCUUGGCUGGAGUGAGGAAGAAUGGAAGGCCUGCAUGAAAGACUCGAAAAUCAUAGUGUAUGAACCCCUUGAAGCAGAGGUUCUUCCAACUCGAAAGCGUGCAUAUUCGUCGGCCAGAAAGCCGCUUUCGCAUGCGUUGAAGGACUGGAGUGCACCUCUCGAAGUGGAUGCUCUCAGCUUAUGCAUCACGAAAGCUGGAGCAAUCAGAGUGUGCUUUCAAAAUGGCGAUCACGACAACUACAACUUUACGUCCCAACCUGAAGGACGUACGUCCCAGCCAGAAAGGCGUAUGUCUCAACUCGAAAAACGUCUCACUUGGCCACAAGUCGAUGAUCUCUCUGAGGUCAGAUCUGUGUUUGUUCAUCGGAACGUCAUCCAAGAAUUUCUUUCCGAAAGAUCGCCGGUACUUGAUCUUGUUCGAAAGGAGCCUCGGGUACAAUUUUUCACUUUCGGGGGUGGCAAAGCACCUACAUCGUUAAACUCGCCACAAGUAAACCCCCGAAUUGAAUUGGUCCUCCGCGCAGGCGCGGUUAUUGUACCGACUUUCGACAGUCUCUUCAAAAAUUCUACGGAUGACGAUAAGAAACGCCGGCAGUGUUUCAAGAAAAUUAAGGACGUAUGCCAUGUCAAUCCAUUCGUCAAGAUCUGCUUGCACCCGGCGAUGAAAACGCAGCUCGCCAAGAAACUCGGAGAAGGUAAAUCGGAUUUCGACAUGGACCUUCUCAUCGAUUUUCUAACGCAAGAGUUCGACUUUCCCGAGGAAGGUGGAGGCAAGUCGUUGGGAGCUUGGAUCGGGCUUGAUCGAAAUAUCAUCUCUUGGCUAUGGUCGGACCCUGUUGAAUCCCGCUACGAGGACUGUGACGACGAAGCCUUCGAAGUCGCAAUGAUCGUUAAGACCAUGAAACAAAUCCAGAAAGAGUGCUACACUGACUUCAGAAGGUUUAUCAUUGCUAUCCCGGAUGAGCACCUAUUCGCAGAUCGAGUCUCGUGGGAAGGUAUUGAAUUGAUGAAGAUUAGCCAAUUAUCCGAAUUACUUCCCUGCGGUCUAGUUUGA